AUACGUAUUUUGUGAAGAAAUGUCGAAACUUCGGCGCAACAACAUCUGCUCCUCUCCUAGAAAGAGGAAUAAGGUCAGCAGCGAUGGAAUUAGUGAUAUUUCGACGAAUGGGAGACUGAAGCUAAAUAAGAGCAAGCUUAUGUCGCACGGUGAAUUCUUGAACCGCAUCCAAAAAUCUCUUUACUAUAGCAGUAGUAAAGCUAAAAUGUCGAUCCCAUUAUCAGAUUAUAUAGCGGAUAUGUUUUCUGACACUCACAACGGCUACUCGCUGAAUCGUUUAAACUACUCAACUGUGGGUAACUUACGCUCUACACCAUGCUCACUAAUUUUGGCUAUGAUCUACUUGGAACGUUUGAAAGAUGUUGACCCAGCAUAUAUCAAACAUGUUACACCGACUGAAUUAUUUUUGGUUUCAAUGAUGGUAGCCACCAAAUUCUAUAGUGGACAUGAUGAUGAAGCUCCGUAUGUAAAUUGGUCUGAAUGCAUAAACACUACUCCAGAUAAUUUGCUCCAAAUGGAAAUAUGUUUUCUAAAUGCUAUCGACUGGAAGGUGUACGUAUCGAAUGAAGAGUUUUUUGAAAAAGUUAAAACACUAGAAAUAGCAUUAGCUCGACUACAGGGAAUGAAGCGUGGGUUUUAUACGUACUUAGAAUUGACCAAAAUGAUACCAUCUGUUCAAAUAGCCAAACAAUUCAUACAGUCGAUUUUAGUUUUGAGUCUAAGUUAUACGGUACUUGUUGCAACGAUGGUGACAAGCGUAUUUUUAGUUAGCCAAAUACCAGGCACAUAUUUGAAUGCAACAUCACGGACCACCGAAACUCAAUCAUCAACCCAGUUAUCUUCAGGAAAUUCCAGUUCCCAGCAACAAAUCGAAACUAACGAAGUCACGAACAUGUUUCCGACGACAAGUGAAUUAAUUGAAUCUACCAGUGACUUAGACGUAUUAUUAAACUUAGCUUUAGAUAGACUGAACGAAACGUCCGAAUUAGUAAAAACAACAGAACAGCCAAAUGCGACAACACGGACACCCUCCUUGUAUGCCAUGUGGUAUUCAUUGAAAUUGCCUGUGAUGUGGGAUACCAACUUUUUCUGUAAUUCCUCUGCGAGGGCUCAUCCAUUUUCCUCUCAACCGAAUUCGGAUCGCUUUGAAUUUGGUUUCAAUGGUAUCAUUCAGCAUAAAAAAAGUGCUGGUUUUUAAAUUGUAAAAAACUGUCUGUAAUUUAAUAAUAAUUUAUUUUCUCCGAACUAAUGUUUCAAAAUUAAUUUCAUCUUCCUGGAAAAAAUAAUGUUGUAAAAAUUUUCGAAAUAAAGACAAAACAAAAUCAUCUGAUUAAAAAGAA